AAAUGGCGCCUCGCAAGGGCAAGGAGAAGAAGGAAGAGCAGGUCAUCAGCCUGGGACCCCAGGUUGCUGAAGGAGAGAAUGUGUUUGGCGUCUGCCACAUCUUUGCCUCCUUCAAUGACACCUUCGUCCAUGUGACUGAUCUGUCUGGCAAGGAAACCAUCUGCCGUGUGACCGGUGGGAUGAAGGUGAAGGCAGACAGAGAUGAGUCCUCUCCCUACGCAGCCAUGCUGGCAGCCCAGGACGUUGCCCAGAGGUGCAAGGAGCUGGGCAUCACUGCCCUGCACAUCAAGCUGCGUGCAACUGGGGGCAACAGGACCAAGACUCCUGGACCCGGUGCUCAGUCAGCCCUGAGAGCUCUGGCCCGCUCUGGAAUGAAGAUUGGCCGCAUUGAGGAUGUCACCCCCAUCCCCUCCGACAGCACUCGCAGGAAGGGUGGUCGCCGUGGACGUCGUCUGUAAUCAGCGCAGCACCUUCUGUUAUUAAAGCUCUCUUAAACCUCA